UGGCAGUUACUCUGUUUGGUUUUUACUGAUACGGAGGCAGGAGAUUAGUCUUGUUGGAGAUUAUCCUUUUUGGGAUGCACCGUGUUCAUGAAGAUUAAUUUGUGCUUCUGAAUUUGGGGGGCAGCACUACGGCAACACUCCUCACCUUUAAGCAGACUGAUGUAAUGAAUGAUGGGAUCCACAGUUACUGCUGCAAUUCUGUAUCCCCUCAGGUGGAUCCUAGUUCUCAUCUUGGUCAUCUUGGUGCAGCAGCUCAACGCAGGGAGGAUUGAGGGCCCAUGUCAAGGGAGAGACUGCUCUGCAUGUCGGUGUCAUGCUGCCAAAGGUGCACGGGGUGCUCCAGGAAAGUCAGGUCAGCAAGGCCCCCGAGGACUGAUGGGGCCACGGGGACAUGAAGGGCUACCUGGAGAGAAAGGCAGGAGGGGAGCAGAGGGAUUACCUGGCCCAGAAGGGCCCAAAGGAGACCGUGGCAAGACAGGUGUUCCUGGUUUUCCUGGUAAUGACGGCUCAUCAGGCCACCCCGGAGCAGGUGGCGAGCCUGGUUUGCCAGGAGUGGAUGGCUGUAACGGAACAAGAGGUCGACCAGGAGUCCCUGGUGUUCCUGGUUUGGAUGGUUUCCAUGGGCCACCGGGAUUACCUGGACCUAAAGGGAUUAAAGGAGAACCUUGGAAUGGUGCUUUUCUCCAAGGACCUCCCGGGGACCGUGGUAGAGAAGGAGAACUUGGUCGACCAGGAAAAAAAGGACUCAUUGGGCCCAAAGGCCCUACUGGCCCUCCAGGCCCUCCUGGACUUGAGGGCUUGGAAGGACCUAAAGGUGUAAGAGGACUGCCAGGUGACCCUGGAAGAUCACUGGCAGGUGAAAAAGGUGACAAUGGUGAGCAAGGCCCACCUGGCCCGCAAGGACCAGAAGAAGUCAUAGAAUUUCCCCCAGAGUUUCUUCCACCUAAAGGUUACAAGGGGGAACAAGGUCUUCCUGGACUAUGUGGACCAAAAGGCCAAAGUGGUGUGAGUGAUAUAUACCACUAUCAACUUAAAGGAGAGUCAGGAAUCCCUGGUUUUCCUGGAGUUUGGGGUCCUCCAGGAUUUCCUGGUAGAGAAGGACAUCCAGGACCUGAGGGUUUUCGUGGAGAUGUAGGACUUCCAGGCCUCAUUGGGAAAAUUGGACUAAAGGGUUACCAAGGAGACCCAGGUCUCCCUGGUCCACAGCUCUUACUUAAUGGAACUCAUGCCAGAGGUCCUAAAGGUGACCGUGGGUAUCCCGGAAUACCUGGACUCCCAGGUGACCCUGGAAUGAUGGGCAUGCAUGGACCUCCUGGGCCACCAGGGUUAACAAUACCAGAGGAACCUGGUUUGCCUGGUCCACGAGGGGUCCCUGGUCCCAAAGGCUACAAGGGAGAGCCAGGGAGGUAUAAUGACUUUGAAACCAAUCCAUUUCCUGGACCAAAAGGCCCUAAAGGACACCUUGGCCCUAAAGGUGCCAGAGGCCUUCCAGGGCCUCCAGGAUGUGGAGAUUACUACUGUGAGCCUGGUUCCCCAGGGGACCCUGGUGACCCAGGACCCAGGGGAUCUCGUGGAAACAAAGGUCGCAGAGGAAUUAAAGGUUGUCCAGGAGCAUGUGACUGUAUAUCUGGUGGGGGACCUAUAGGGCCUCCUGGUCCACCGGGUUAUAUAGGACCUCCAGGUUUUCCUGGAACUCAAGGACUUAAGGGAGACCCAGGAGCAGAAGGAGAUGUGGGUCCAAGAGGACCACAAGGCUUUCAAGGAAUUCCUGGUUUAAAAGGACAGAAGGGUCAAAAAGGUGACUCUUUUGUGGCAGGUGCUAAAGGUGCCAAGGGUAACCAAGGAGUCCUUGGACCCUCUGGUCUUCCUGGAGCAACAGGUAGGCCAGGACAGGAUGGCCCCCAUGGCCCUGCAGGAGAUCCUGGACCACCAGGUACUGGAUAUGUAGGUUUACCUGGUCCCAAAGGUUACCCUGGUUUUGCUGGAGCCAAAGGGUUUCCAGGACUUGUAGGGCCCCCAGGCCCUGGUUUUCCAGGCCCUAAGGGGCAUUCUGGACCUAAAGGAAAUGAAGGCCACCCUGGACAACCAGGACUUCCUGGACGACCAGGCCCACCAGGUGAAAUUGAGCCAUGCUGUCACGAACAGGAGAUUGGUCCUCCUGGUCUUAAGGGCGAGCAAGGUUCACCAGGAAUUACAGGUGCACCAGGAAGAGACGGUCUUAAUGGACUUCAGGGACCACCAGGCCCCAAAGGCAUGAAAGGAGAUAGUAAAACUGGAGCAAUUGGAGCGCCCGGACCUCCAGGUUUAGAUGGGUAUCCAGGUGACCCUGGUCCCAGUGGAAUUAGUCUGGAUGGCCCUACAGGCCCUCCUGGGUUACCAGGGCCCCCUGGCAGGAAGGGGGCACAAGGAGAUGUCUUCAUUGCCCGGCCAGGUGCUCCUGGCCCACCUGGUCCCCCUGGGGCAAUUGGUCCAAACGGUAUUCGGGGCAUUCCUGGAAGCCCAGGGUCUCCAGGUGUGCAAGGCCAACCUGGACAACCAGGAUAUAAAGGACACCCAGGAGUCAAUGGUGACCCUGGAACCACUGGUCCCCCAGGCCCAGCCUGCACUAUAUGUGAGCUGUAUGGACCUACAGGUCCUCCAGGACCUCCAGGAAAUCCAGGGCAGAGGGGAAUACCAGGCUACCUUGCUCUGAAGGGUUUUAAAGGAGAUAUAGGCCUAUCUGGUCAUGGACAGAAGGGACCUCAAGGUUUCCCUGGACCUCCCGGUCUGCUGGGCCCAGCUGGACCAAGAGGCAGCACUGGCGACUCAGGAGAUCCUGGGAUAGAUGGCCAACCAGGACUGAAAGGUAAAAGGGGGUAUCCUGGCAGGGCUGGAGCCAGAGGUUUACCAGGCCGUCCUGGACCUCCAGGACCCAGAGGUAAACAGGGAGAGAGAGGCUUUAAUGGUCGCUCAGGUAUCCCCGGUGGCCCAGGAGUACCUGGUAGAAAAGGUGUACAAGGUCCACCAGGAUUGCCAGGACCACCAAUGAUUGGGAAUGUAACAAAAGGCCCAUCAGGACUUCCAGGAGGGAAGGGUGAACAAGGACAACAAGGACCUAAAGGCUUAAAGGGCCUAAGGGGAGUAACAGGUGAUUCAGGGCCUGAUGGAAGGCCUGGUCUGCCAGGGCCUAAAGGCAGCACUGGUGCCCCAGGGAGGAAAGGAAUAUCUGGAUCCCCUGGCUGUGCCGGUAUCAAAGGUUUUACUGGUCCAAGGGGAUAUAUUGGGCAUGUUGGAGAUCCGGGAGAUCAAGGGCCCAGAGGACAUCCGGGUAUCCCAGGUUUACCAGGAUUUUCAGGGGCCAAGGGUGAGCCAGGACAUUCUUAUGGACAACCUGGUCCACCUGGACCUAAAGGAUUGCCAGGGGAGAAAGCACCCUGUGAAUCCAGAGGGAGUCCAGGAGAUCCAGGUGACCCAGGAACCCCGGGAAGGUCAGGAUGGCCUGGACAACCAGGCAUUCCUGGGGAGCCAGGAAGACAAGGAGGACAAGGCUUCCCUGGGUCUCGUGGCCCAUAUGGUCAUCUAGGUAUUCCAGGUAUUAAAGGUGACCAAGGAGUUCUAGGACCACCAGGCCCACCUGGCCCAUAUGGGCCUCCAGGGCACCCUGGACUACCAGGACUGGAUGGAUUGGAUGGGCUUAGAGGUCCAAAAGGAAUGAAAGGAGGAAGAGGUAUAGAUAUCCCUGGCCCUCGAGGACCAGAUGGUCUUCCUGGAGUCAAAGGUCUCCAGGGCCCACCAGGACCUCCAGGAGCCACUUCCUAUCCUGGCCCUAAAGGACAGAGGGGUCCACCUGGUGACACAGGUCAUCCUGGGUUAUCAGGUCAAACUGGUUACCCUGGCCAAGAAUGCCGCACUCCCAUUCCAGGACCCAACGGAGAUGUAGGAUUUGAAGGACGUCCAGGGCUCCCAGGCCCUCCUGGUAAACCAGGCCCUCCAGGGAGCAACACUGUCUCCAAAGGAGACCCAGGCCCUAUUGGCCUCCCUGGAUCACCAGGUUGUAAGGGAGCUAAGGGCAAUCCGGGACCUCCUGGAGCUCCAGACCGAGGCUUUACAGGACCAAAAGGUGAGAGAGGUCCUUCUGGUCCCAGGGGUUCUCCAGGACCCAAAGGUCACAAGGGUGUCCCUGGGGGUCCUGGCCGCAAGGGAGUAAUAGGCCCACCUGGAGACAUAGGUGCCAAAGGUGCUCGUGGUGAGUCUAUUAGCUUACGCCCAGGGAUAGCUCCGGUUGGACCCCCAGGACCACAGGGUAUCUCAGGAUCUGUGGGAUUCCCAGGCGAUAUAGGUCCUCCUGGGACUCCAGGACGUAAAGGAGAGAAGGGUCCUAUAGGGUCUUUGGGGCCCCCUGGCCUACCAGGUCCUCCUGGUCGUAGUGGUCCUGUUGGAGACCCAGGAGAUGUUGGCCAGCAAGGAUUUAUCGGACCUCAAGGUAUCCCAGGUCCACCCGGUGAUCAAGGUAAGCCAGGCACUGGGGCAUUGAAUCCAGGCUUUCUUCUGGUUAUCCACAGCCAGUCAGAAAAAGUGCCAAGAUGCCCUGAAGGCAACAGCCAGCUUUGGGUUGGCUACAGUCUGGUUUACUUGGAGGGACAAGAAAAGGCUCACACUCAAGAUCUGGGCCAGGCUGGCUCCUGCCUCCCUAUUUUCUCCACAAUGCCUUUCUCCUACUGCAACAAAGCUGCCUGUCACUUCUCUAGUCGUAACGACAAAUCCUAUUGGCUCUCCACCACCGCUCCCAUACCCAUGAUGCCACUUUUUGGCCAAGAGAUUAGCUCCCACAUCAGCCGCUGUGUGGUGUGUGAGACAGUUUCGCCUGCAGUGGCAUUUCACAGCCAGGAUCAUAAAGUCCCAGCAUGCCCACCUGGCUGGAGGAGCCUGUGGACGGGAUACUCCUUCCUCCUGCACACAGGAGCAGGUGAUGAGGGUGGUGGCCAAUCUCUGACUUCUUCUGGCAGCUGUCUUAAGGAUUUCCGGACUCACCCCUUCAUUGAGUGCCAGGGUGCACGUGGUUCUUGUCACUACUUUGCCAACCUCUACAGUUUUUGGCUGACUACUGUUAGUCCAACAGAGCAGUUUAUCACCCCCAAAUCUGGCACCAUCAAGGCAGCUGACCAACAGAGAAAGAAGGCCAGUCAAUGUCACGUCUGCCUCAGAGAACAAUAAAGGACCUCUUUCACUUUUCAUUGUAACUUUAAACCACGAAAGCUUUCCAUUUACAAUUCUGAGUACUACUGAGGCUAACAGUCGAUUUAAAAAGUGGCUAUGCACUUCAUACACUAUUAUCUUUAUCUAAGCAGCGUUUUCUAUAAAAUGUUGCUGUCACUUUAUCUUUUUUCUGUUAUUAUUUUCAGUAAGGUGCUAUUUCUAAUGACAAAAAUGUGUGAUAUUGAUCAUCUUGAUGCUAUACCUUAAGAUAGUGUUGAAACAAAAUAAUCAGGGGAAAUAUUCAGAACAUUGUUCCUUUUUCAUCAAAGCUGUGCUACUCUAUUAAAAUGUUUGUAAAAUCUUG